ACGGAGCGGGAGGAGCCGGGACCGAGCGGGAGGAGCCGGGACGGAGCGGGAGGAGCCGGGACCGAGCGGGAGGAGCCGGGACCCGGCGGGAGGAGCCGGCUCCGGGCGCAGGCGCCGCACCGGCAUCCGCUGCUCGGCCGGGCCUGGCGGCUCCCCCCGCCGCCACCCUGGCGCUGCGCUCCAUGGACGGCGUGUUCCUGUCGCCCACCGAGGAUGAGUUCGUGGGCAGGAUCGCGGAGCAGCUGGAGCUCUUCAUGGGGCAGGGGCAGCACCAGCGGGUGCUGCUGUUCCCGCCCCUGUCCAGCCGCCUGCGGUACCUGAUCCACCGCACCGUGGAGAACAUGGAACUGCUGAGCAGCUUCUCGGUGGGCGAGGGCUGGAGGAGGAGGACGGUCAUUUGUCACUCGGCCGUCAGGCUCCCCAGUGACACCACGGGCGACCAAAAACCGGGUGGCAACCCCGGCCGGAGCCCGCGGCCGGCACAGCCCUGGGGCCGGGGGGGCCGGGGGCCGCGGCCGCGCCCGCCUGGGGACCCCCACGGGGACGGCGCCCGCGGCCCGGUGGGCUCGGGCAGGAUCGCCAGGCCCCCCUGGAGGAGGCCGGACAAGGCGCCCAGGGGGACCCAGAGGAGGAAGGCGAACUGGAGGGAGCGGGAGAGCGACGGCGACGCCGGAGGAGGGAACGGCCCCCGAAAUCCCCGCGGGGAGCGGCGCAAGGGGGGAGGCAGCCCCGGGGAGCGGCAGCAGCAGCAGCAGGAGGAGGAGGAGGAGGAGGCUCCGGGAAGAGGCGGCGCUGAGCACCCUGCGGGCCAUGAGGAGGUGCCACCCCUAGGGAGCAGCGAGGAUUCCGGUCAGCAGGACAGGGACUGUCCCCACCUGCUGUCCCCCGGGCACGGCCAGCGCCUGGGACAGGCAGGGUCACCCCGUGCCAACGCCGACACCACGGAGGGCAGCGAGUGCCAGCUGCCGGAGGAGAACCAGCCCGGCCGUGAUUCCAGAGGGCAGGAACACAAGGAGAACCAGCCCAGCCGUGAUUCCAGAGGGCAGGAACGUGAGGAGAACCAGCCCGGCCGUGAUUCCAGAGGGCAGGAACACAAGGAGAACCAGCCCAGCCGUGAUUCCAGAGGGCAGGAACACAAGGAGAACCAGCCCGGCCGUGAUUCCAGAGGGCAGGAACGUGAGGAGAACCAGCCCGGCCGUGAUUCCAGAGGGCAGGAACACAAGGAGAACCAGCCCGGCCGUGAUUCCAGAGGGCAGGAACACAAGGAGAACCAGCCUAGCCGUGAUUCCAGAGGGCAGGAACACAAGGAGAACCAGCCCAGCCGUGAUUCCGGAGGGCAGGAACACAAGGAGAACCAGCCCGGCCGUGAUUCCAGAGGGCAGGAACGUGAGGAGAACCAGCCCGGCCAUGAUUCCAGAGGGCAGGAACGUGAGGAGAACCAGCCCGGCCGUGAUUCCAGAGGGCAGGAACGCCGGGAAAGCUCCUUCCCUUUGGGAGGAGGUGACGGCCGGACAGACGUGGCCGUGCCGGAGCCCCUGGAGCCCCAGAGGAGACCCCUGCCCACAGAGCAGCGCCCCGAGGGAGGCCCAGGGAGCUCCUCCACGCUGGAGAGCCCGGGUGGUGUUCCAGAAGCGCUGCAGAAGGUUCUAGAAGGCUCAGAAGAUGUUCCAGAAGCGCUGCAGAAGGUUCUGGAAGGCUCAGAAGAUGUUCCAGAAGCGCUGCAGAAGGUUCUAGAAGGCUCAGGUGGAGUUCCAGAAGCGCUGCAGAAGGUUCUAGAAGGCUCAGGUGGAGUUCCAGAAGCGCUGCAGAAGGUUCUGGAAGGCUCAGGUGGAGUUCCAGAAGUGCUGCAGAAGGUUCUGGAAGGCUCAGAUGGAGUUCCAGAACCUCUGCAGAAGGUUCUAGAAGGCUCAGGUGGAGUUCCAGAAGCGCUGCAGAAGGUUCUAGAAGGCUCGUGUGGAGUUCCAGAACAGCUGCAGAAGGUUCUGGAAGGCUCAGAAGAUGUUCCAGAAGCACUGCAGAAGGUUCUGGAAGGCUCGGACGAGGCCGUGGCUGCUCCCGAGCCGGUCCCUGGCGGCGGUGCCGGGGCCCCGCGGCGGAUCCAGGCCAGGACGGUGCCCGGGCAGGAGGAGCAGGGCCGGGAGCCCGCGGGGGACACGGAGGGGACGGGGCAGAGCGGCCCCGGGGACGAGUGCACGGCGGAGCUGCUGGCUGAGAUCCUGGGGAAUCUGACGGUGAAGGACGUGAGCAUCGAGAGGAUCAGCGUGGAAUGUUUGGAAUGUUCCAGCUCCGGAGAGGCCCCGCUGAGCGAGGGGGACCUGGGCCACGUCACCGAGAUCUUCGACUUCCCCCCGGCCCUGCGCACCCAGGACCUGCUGGAGGCGUUCCAGGACUUCCACGAGAGCGGCUUCAAAAUCCAGUGGGUGGACGAGACCCACGCCCUGGGAAUCUUUUCCAGCCUCUCCACAGCAUCCCAAGCCCUGGGCCGCCGUUAUCCCUGCCUGAAGAUCCGGCCCCUGAUCCACGCAACCAAACAAUCCAAGAUCAAAGCACUGCAGAGACCAACCUUCCAAAUUUCCCAGGAAUUUUCUCUUCCCUCUCCCCCUGCACAUCCCAAAGGAGACAAACCCGAUCUCGUGGUUGGCACAAUUUUAUUCAGGAAGGAGAAAUGGUGAAGCUGAGCCGUGAACAUCGGUCCAUUGAUUACCAUUGAUUGAUUGAUUGAUUGAUUAUCGAUCGAUUGAUUGAAUUUCAAUCAAGAUUGAUCAGGUCCAGUUGCCACAGGAAAGCAAAGCCACGAACCUCAGCAGCAGCAGAGACUCUGAACCAACAAUUCCUGGAUUUUCCAGCUCCCUGAAGUCGGAAUAAAUUCCAAUUUUCAUCCUUUAAAGGGACAAAUUCCAGCGUUUUCAGCACUGAAAAAUGCUGGAAUUAAAUGAUGGAUUAAACUGCUGGAUUUAAACUAAACACCCCAAAAUUUGCUUUAUUUGCACCUCCCCUUCACCUCUUUGCUCAUUUAUUCACUCUUCUGAACCAGAAUUAAAUUAAAAUCAUUAAAUAUAACAAUUUAACAUGAAUUCUGUUGGUAUCCAGUUUCAAUUGAUUAUUUUCCAAAUAGGAAUCUGGAUUUUAAUUAGCUGACAGUGUCCCUUUCUAAAUUUUAUUUUAUUUUAAUGAAUGAAAAUUCUGGAAAAACAAGCAAAGCCCCCCCUUGCUGUGUAGAUAACAGCAGCAAAUUGAGAAAGGAUUAAUUAAUUUAUCCCCAAAUCCAAAUUAUUGUGGACUUGGUGAAAUUUUGGUGGAUUUAUUCCUUGCAGAUGGAAUUGCAACAAUCCCAAAAAACACCUGAAAUAUUCAGAUUGAAUUUAAAAUGCAGAUUUUUUUUUUUCUUGCUGUUUUCCAAGGAUUUCAGCAGCUGGUUUGGAGGAGGAGUUUUCAAUUGGGAUCAAGGUUUAUAUGGAUAAAUUUUAUAUGGAUAAAUUUUCAUGAAUAAGUUUUCAUGGAUAAAUUUUAUAUGGAUAAAUUUUCAUGGAUACAUUUUAAUUGAUAAAUUUUCAUGGAUAAAUUUUAAUUUAUAUACUUUAAUGGAUAAAUUUUAAUAAAUUUUAUAUGGAUAAAUUUUAAUGGAUAAAUUUUAUAUGGAUGAAUUUUAAUGGAUAAAUUUUCAGGGAUAAAUUUUAUUGGAUAAAUUUUAAUUGAUAAACUUUAAUGGAUAAAUUUUAAUAAAUUUUAUAUGGAUAAAUUUUCAUGGAUAAAUUUUAUAUGGAUGAAUUUUAAUGGAUAAAUUUUCAGGGAUAAAUUUUAUUGGAUAAACUUUAAGAGAUAAAUUUUAAUGGAUAAAUUUUCAGGGAUAAAUUUUAUUGGAUAAAUUUUAAUAGAUAAAUUUUCAUGGAUAAAUUGCCUGGAUUUUUUCACAGGGAUGGGAUUUUGGGAAUGGGUUUUUCACAGGGAUGUUGGGAAUUCUCCCAGGAACAAUUCCUGGAAGAGGAGGGGGAACAAUUUCCCUGAACCUUUAUGAUGACCAAACCCCACUGCAAAAUUCCACCUCCCUGAGAUAAAAACCCCAAUUUAUUCAGAGACACAAGGAAUAAACGAAUUAAACAGCGGGGAAAAAAAGCUGAUUUUUGCGAUUUAACCACGAAUUUCUCCCUGACCAAGCCCCAGCUGGAUAAAAUUUCCUUUUUUUUCCCCCAGAACUGCUUCAGCUGGGAAAAGAGAGGCCGCAGACGGACACAGCCGUGGCCAGGAGAUUCGUGUCCCACGCCCUGGGCUGGAGGCACAGGCAGCAGGAGGCAGCAGGCACCCAAGAAUUCCCACCAGAAUCCUUAAAUCAGGAGGAAUAACCCCAAAAA